CCCGCCUCUUCCUUCCUCACGAACACCCCGAGCAACAUGGCGCUGGUGAGGAAUGUCUACAGCUUGCUGUUUAGAAGAACAUCGACUUUCGCCGUCACCAUCAUGGUGGGAGCCGUUUUGUUCGAGCGAGUGUUCGACCAGGGCGGAGAUGCUUUAUUUGAGAGUUUAAAUCGGGGGAAACUGUGGAAACACAUUAAACACAACUAUGAGAAGGAGGAGUGAGCUGAAUGCCAUCUAAUGUUGUCUCUUGAUGGAGCGCCCAGAUACCACCACCACCACGACCACCACCUGGCCAAGAAAUUGGCUUUGGCAGUGUUUAACGUCAUCCGUUGUGGCACUGGGAUCCAGAGAGACUGUUAUGAUCAUCAUGGAAUACUCGGAGCCAUCCAGUUGCUCUGCCUGAAUAUUGCAUCAUAUAUCUUGUAUUCCUUACAUUUUGUAAAUGUAUACUUUAAAUUAAGCCUGUGUUAAUAAAUCAUACAUGAGAAGUUA